AUGGGUCUUACUGGUACCAUUCCUCCGCAACUGGGGAAUCUGUCCUUUCUUAUCUCCCUCGACAUGAUGGGAAACAAUUUCCAUGGAGAACUCCCCAAUGACUUAGCCCGUUUGCGCCGAUUAAGAAUCCUUAACUUAGGUGUCAACAAUUUCACUGGAGAGCUUCCUUCAUGGCUUGGUUCCUUACAAAAAUUGCAAUACUUGUCCCUAAGAAACAAUAGCUUUACAGGUUUUAUCCCACCUUCUAUCUCCAACAUAUCAAAUUUUGAGGUAUUAUGGCUGUCCUUCAAUUCUUUUCAAGGAAGCAUUCCCAAUGGCAUUGGGAAUCUCCAUUAUUUGAAGAGAUUGAUCAUUGAGGCAAAUUUUGUUACCGGUUCAGUGCCAUCUGAUAUUUUCAAUAUUUCUUCAUUGGAAUUGAUUUCCCUUAGGAGUAAUAGCUUAUCUGGUAGUCUUCCUGAUAUGUGCCUUCGUCUUCAACAACUUUCAUAG